CGUGGCCGACUUCAAUGAGCGCCCUUGCAGUACAGUGACGCCCUCCAUGAAGGGCAAUCACGCGCGUCCCGACACAAUUCUCGAUUCGCGUGGACGAUCGUCUAGAAGGUGCGAAUAGAUUUUCAAGAUAUUCCUCACCGUACGAAGAUGGCGUUCCUGAUCGCGUUCAGCUCUGUCGUGGUUGUCAGCUUCGUUACUAGUGCACCUGUUAAAAACAAUGCCACCGUUCCCUAUAGCGGCGGAGACGCGGAAAACACAAUCGCAAGAAGCCAUGUGACCGAAGUCACGACAGACACCGAAGUACCCGAAGUCACGAUCUUCAAAACAGACAAAAGGAGUGACAGGGAAAAGUUUUUCGAAGCAGUGAGAAGCGCGAGAAAGCUGUGGAGCGGGGACUACAUGUACCAGCGGGACAUUCGCAUAACCAGACCACAGCUGGCUCAAAUCUACGGCGUCGACACCUCGAAGGACGAGACGUACUACGCGUGGCCCAACGCUACGGUGCCGUUCUCGUUCGGAAGAAAAGUUGUCGACUUUGCGCGAGAUAUUCGCGACGCCAUGAGACACUGGGAACGAGAAACGUGCGUUCGCUUUGUCGAGACGACGGAGAACACCGUCGACACGGAUCAAGUCCGCUUCGUACAGUCUCGUUGGGCUUACUCCUAUCUCGGAAAGCAAGGAGGGGCACAGAAGUUUGGAAUACCAAGCAAGUUUUUUCCCGACACGCGCUACGUUCACCUGCUCGGUCACACGCUCGGCCUGCGACACACGCAUGCCGACAGCGACCGGGACACGUUAUACCACGUGGCCUGGGACACGGUACCGGAGCGGUACCGGUACAACUUCGACCAAGAGAGUCCCGCCUACGGGCCGCGCACCAAGAUCGACCCGCUAGAGUCCGAGUUUGAGUUCGACUGGAGUUCCGUCAUGGCCGACGAGAGCGAGAGUGUAGAGGGCGGCGUCGACUUCAUGCUACAAGACCGAAGAGCUGUUUAUCCAUCAGACCCCUUCUACCUGUACCGAACGACGUCGACAGAACGUGCUUCUUUCCUUGAAUACAAGAAGGUCAACCAGCUCUACAAAUGUAAUGAGAGAUGUCCGAACGUAAAAAUCAGCCGAUGCCAGCACGGCGGCUACCUGGGACCGAAGUGCAACUGCGUGUGCCCGCCAGGUACAGUCGGGGAUCACUGCGAGCACAGGUCGACCAAUGCCAAGAAAGAUAUCUGUGGAGAAGUGCUUCAAGACAACAAGACGCUUCACUUUGUUUCGCAACCUUCGAGUUACCACUGCACGUGGUGGAUCAGGGCACCUCAGGGAGGCCACGUGAGCGUCACGUUUGCCGACUUGUCCGCCGACAACUCCACCCAUAGUGUCGGCAGUUGUGACCUGUACUUCGAGCUCAGAAACCGCGACCUCUACAAAGGAGAAAGGUACUGCUGGUACGAGCUACCGCUGAACGAACCACUGUUUGCGAAGAAGAAAGACUUUCUUGUCGACUACUUUGGCUCCAAGAACGCAAACUUCAAUUUCACUCUGACAGCGACGGUGUACGCGUGAGUGCACGGGGCAUAAUAUGCGCCAGCGGCUAGCCAUGCUCAACAACUGUGGGCCUCUCUAAGAGCAUGGAGAACCGACGGUUCCGUGGUUGUCUCUGUCUGCCUUCGAAGCUGUGCCAGCUCGCGUGAAGCACUUGAACACCUUAUCUUGUCCCACGUCCUUACAUGGCGUGUAUAUCCCUAUAGAUAUAAGAGUGCUAGGGCUAAAGACGACUAUUGAAGUAUGCCUGUUCGCGGGAGGGUGUGCGGCCUGCUGACUCCCCUUUAAUUAACUUCUUCGCUACUUGCGUCCACGUUCACGAACACGACUUCCUAAAGAAACUACUCAAGGAGUCGUUCAGUGCCACUGAAAGCUCGCGCCAUUGUCGUCCAGCGCCCUUUGACCAUGCGUACGUAUCUACCACGCCAUCUCCCGAUGGAGAGAGAGGGUGUCCAGUUUCGUGUAGCCAUGCACCCUCUCUCUCUCUCUCUCUCCAGAAGACGUGGUGCCGCGUCAAAAAGCCACACGCUGACGCAAUGCAGCGGCUAUGUACGGUCAGGCCUUUACACGUACUCCAAGAGUGACCAGCGGAAGUCAACUUCAGCGGCUGGUUAUUGGCAUUGGCACAGCCAAGGUAGAGAUACUGUAUAUGCUACCUUUAGGUAGCAUAUACAGUAACUCUAAGCCAAGGGGUAACACACCAUGCACCCCCCCCCUCAAAAUUUUUCUCUUUAUAGCAUACAAAGCACAGUAUGACGCAUGACCCACAUCUGCCGGCCCCGCCCGCACUUCCCCCUUCCCCGAGAAAAUCUGCCUACGUCCCUAGUCACUUGAGUGCACACAAGAGAAAACGAUGGCGACAAGUUCACGCAGCGCGAAGCUGUAUGCCUAGGCCCGAAUAAAAGUUUCAUGGUCCAUUUUUUUUUCAUGCAAAUUUGUGUGAACAUGAGUUAUGCUAUUUGUCCGUGCAAUGGGAUUUGUCUAAAAAAUGUGACAGUGAUCUUUUGUGAUAGCUUUUGUUGUUGUUGUUUUCCUGUGGAUUGUUUGAAGGUAUUUUCGUGUCUACGCAAGCACAGGUGACGGUGCGUCCUCUUUAUUAUUAUUUUUUGUGUGUGUGGUACUCACACUCUGAUUCUCUGCGUCGGCGCAUGUUGGAGUUAUGUUUCUGUUUUCUUUCCAAGCAGCGAGUCGAUGCUUUUCAGGGGGGGGGGGGGGGGGGAUAACGCUGCAUGGUAUUGAGUAUGAAAACCACGCAUGAAAGAGGACAUGGAAAUUGGGACUGAGCUGCUUUUUGGCCUACCUCAACGAGCAGUACAACGCAAGGCUACCUUAAGCGUGACAAUAUUUGAAGCACUGAGAUUCAUAAUUCACAUUUACCGAGGCUGUUUCCGCGAUGUUCGCAACCAAUGUCACCGUAUGUGGUCAUCCGUUCUUACCCUUUGAAAAUGAAAUUUUUGUCGCAAUUUUCUUUCUUGGAAGUUGUGAAGCCAUGUGAAAUAAAAUUCUGCAAAUUUUACCUGCUU